AAAUGCUCGGAAGUAGCUAUAAAACCAAUAUGGCAAAAUAUGUCAAAAUAAGAUGCAAAAUGGUCAUAAUCAUGUCCAAAAGAAACUUAUGGAAAAGGUAAAAAUUCUUCUGAUAGAGCCAUUUUAUGCGGGCUCACAUAAGCAACUGAUAGAUCUUCUACACAAGGAAGUUCCAGGUACAGAACUGAUGACACUUCCUGGCAAGAAAUGGCACUGGAAGGCUCGAACAUCAGCCCUGUGGUUCAGUCAAGCUAUACCAAGAGAACACAACUUUAGGACACUAUUUACAAGCUCUGUGCUAAAUUUGGCAGAACUCACUGCCUUGAGACCUGAUUUGGCAGCUUUACAUAAAGUGAUUUAUUUCCACGAGAAUCAGUUGGUAUAUCCUGUAAGAAAACAACAGAACAGAGAUUUCCAGUUUGGAUAUAACCAGAUACUUUCAAGUAUUGUUGCAGAUGCAGUUUUAUUCAACUCAAAAUACAAUAUGGACUCUUUCCUGAGCAACAUAAACUCUCACCUGAAGCUGAUACCAGACCAUCGACCAAAGGGAAUAGUAGAACAGAUCAGAUCAAAAUGUCAUGUUCUUCAUUAUCCGAUCAUCUUUCCAACACUUGAUAACAAUUCUCAACCACAUGAUUCAAGAAAUAAAGAUUUUGAUGAUUGUUCACAAAAUGAUAUGGAAAUAUGUGAAGGUAACUCAGAUAUGAAUGUUGAGAUGAAGAGGGAAAGUAAAGACUCCUUGCAGAAACCAAAUACUGUAAAUGGUACAGAAAGCAAAGAAAUAGUUCCCAAGGUGUUAACUGAAUCUUUAAAUUGUGAUAUUGAGGAUAGCCGUGCAUCUAACUUGACCGUAAAAUCAGAUACAAAUAAAGAUAAAUCUGAUACAAUUGUAGUUAAAACCGACACAGGUGAAGGUAAAACUGAAACAGUUGAAGGUAUAACUGAUAUAGGGGAAAAGGUAGAAGAUAGAUCUGAUGCUAAAGUUGAAAAUUGUAAUGCACAAAGUAGAAAGUACUCCGAUGCAGCUGAGGAAUUACCAGCAAAGAAGAGCAAAAUGAUGGAACAUACACAACCUUUGCAUAUCCUUUGGCCUCACAGAUGGGAACAUGACAAAGACCCGCAGACAUUUUUCAACGUUUUGACACGCUUACAUAAUGACGGUCUUGACUUCAGAAUUUCAGUACUGGGUGAAAUGUAUUCAGAAGUUCCAGCACAGUUACAGCUCUUGGGGGUGUUGGUACACAGGCACAGGUGUGAGCAGACAGAAGACUGGAGAGAGUUGUUACAUGUAAUGUGGGUGUUUAUUCUACAAAUAAGACCCGGACAUGUUACACGUCUCGAGUGGUUUGAUGAUAAACAGUUAAGUGUUAAGAGACAUUCAGAGAUAAUACAUGGUAGACAGAACUGA